GUGACAGGAAAAAAAUAAAACCGGCUGCAAAAAAUAAAUAAAUAAAUAAAUAAAAAUGAAGCAUUUCAGGACGUUUGAAUGAAAAUGAAGAAGGACGCGUUUUUUUUGUCCCCUCAGCUUGCUUCAAAUGCAAGGGCUUGCGGUUAUGUAUGCAAGUGUGAUGCAGUUUAUGAUUUGUGUCAAAUUCGUAGGUGGAUCGGAAAGGGACAUAAACAUUUGUCGGGCUGGGCAGCUGACACGGGGUUGGUGUGUUGAUGGACGCAGCUAUGUUCUGCAGUCUUUAUCACAACGUGGGUAUUGAAUGCUGUUUUUAUGCUUAAAAGCCGACAGCAGUUUGCAUGUGGGCGUGCUGUUUUAUUAUCAUUCCAGCUUCAUGAAUUGAUUUACAUCGAGUUUUUAUUUGGAAUUUAUUUUAAAUAGCGAUGCAGUUUUUCCCUGCAAGCGAAAGUUUUAACGCGUUGGUAAUACAAAUCCAUUUCCAAUCUAGAUCUAAGUCUUACAGAUUAUUAAUAUUAUUAAGAUCAUUUUUGAUUCAGGUGUCGUUUUGGAUUGUAAGAUUCUGUUUUUUUUUUUUUUUUCCUAACUGAGUUGUACGUUGUUGGACACGGUACACAUGCCAACCGCUGGACUGUUUUUAUCAUUAUUUUAUUGAUAUAAAACUACACAGUGAAGAUGAAGCGGUGUAAAUCGGACGAUUUGCCCCCCGACGAGGAGGGCGGUAGAACGGGCUUGAGUGCAGUUUGUGACGAUGCCCCAAGCGUCCUAAUUGAGGAGGUAAAACACGGAGAUACCCCCGAUUCCAGCAGUGCGGCUGGUACCGCAAGCACUCACGCCACUGCCCGCAGCAAACCUCCGGACUUAAAGAAAAUCCAGCAGCUGUCGGAGGGCUCCGUGUUCGGACACGGGCUGAAGCACCUGUUCCACAGCCGGCGGCGGUCCAGGGAGCGUGAGCAGCACAGCUCCCCGGACUCUGCCCUGGCCCCGCAGCUCAGCGUGGGAUACCCUGCCGGGACCUCAGGGGGCCACUCGGACCACGACUCUGCGGACGAAAAGGAGCGAUCCCCGGAGAUGCAGCGAGUGUCCUACGCCGUGUCCCUCCAGGACCUGCCCGCCCGCCCCACCGCCUUCAACAGGGUGCUGCAGCAGAUCCGCGCCCGGCCCUCCAUCAAGAGGGGUAGCAGCCUGCACAGCAGCAGCCGGCGCACCAAGAGCGGCCCCGCCUCGGAGGCAGUGAAGAGCAGCAGCCCCCAUCUGGGCAGGAAGGGCCCCCAGGACUGCUCGCUGACCGCCCUGCUGCACCAGGGCAGACCCCGCUCGUCCUCCACCACGGACACCUCGCUGCUGGCCGGAGAGCCCACCCUGCACUGGACCCUCGAGGAGCCGGAACGCGUCACGGACAAGCUGGAGAAGGGGGAGGUGAGCACCCUGGGGCUGCCCCCGAACACGAGCCACGCUGGCUCGGACGGCAACAUCAGCCUGGACGUGCCAGAGGCGCCCGACCCGCAGCGCACCAAGGCAGCCAUCGAGCACCUGCAGCAGAAGAUCCUGAAGAUUACGGAGCAGAUCCGCAUCGAGCAGGAGGCACGCGACGAGAACGUGGCCGAGUACCUGAAGCUCGCUCACAACGCCGACAAGCAGCAAGCCUCCCGCAUCAAGCAGGUCUUUGAGAAGAAGAACCAGAAGUCCGCCCAGACCAUCUCCCACCUGCACAAGAAGCUCGAGCACUACCACAGGAAGCUAAAGGAAAUCGAGCAGAAUGGGCCCACUCGGCAGCCCAAGGACGUGCUGCGGGACAUGCAGCAGGGCCUGAAGGGCGUGGGGGCCAACGUGCGAGCAGGAAUCAGCGGCUUUGGAGGGGGGGUGGUGGAGGGGGUGAAGGGGGGCGUGUCCGCGCUCUCCCACACCGCCGUGGUCUCAAAGCCCCGCGAAUUCGCCAGCCUCAUUCGCAACAAGUUCGGCAGCGCGGACAACAUCGCCCACCUGAAGGACACGCUGGAGGACCCGCACCCGGAGGACAGCCAGCGUCCGUUCAGCGGCAGCGCCACCCUCGUCUCCAGCCCCAAGUACGGCAGCGACGACGACUGUUCCAGCGCAACCUCGGGAUCGCCCGCUGGCAGCAACUCCGGGGCUGGGGGGCCCGGGCUCGGGCCAGGGCCAGGCAUGGGCAGCCCCAAGUCCAACACGCUGGACAGCCACCACCACCACCACCACAAUAACCUGGACACCCUGCUGGAGGAGCUGCGCGAGAUCAAGGACAACCAGGGGCACCUGGAGGACUCCAUGGAGGAUCUGAAGACACAGCUGCAGAGGGAUUACUCCUACAUGACCCAGUGCCUGCAGGAGGAGCGCUACAGGUACGAGCGAUUGGAGGAACAGCUGAACGACCUGACAGAGCUUCACCAGAACGAGAUGACCAAUCUGAAGCAGGAGCUGGCCAGCAUGGAGGAGAAGGUGGCUUACCAGUCCUACGAGCGCGCCCGCGACAUACAGGAGGCGGUGGAGUCCUGCCUGACCCGCGUCACAAAGCUGGAGCUCCAGCAGCAGCAGCAGCAGGUGGUUCAGCUGGAGGGGGUGGAGAACGCCAACGCGCGGGCGUUGCUGGGCAAAUUCAUCAACGUCAUCCUGGCGCUCAUGGCCGUGCUGCUGGUCUUCGUCUCCACGCUGGCCAACUUCAUCACGCCGCUCAUGAAGACGCGAAUGCGGGUCUUCGGCAGCAUCUUCCUGGCCCUUUUCCUCAUCUUCCUGUGGAAGCACUGGGAUAGCGUGGUGUACAUCUUUGAACCCUGGCUGCUGUCCAGCUGAGCGCCCACCGGAACGGGUCACGUUACUGCUGUUCUGUGCCGGAGGUUAUUCCUUUAUAUAUAAUUUGCGCCUGCGAGCGCAUUGGCGUACUGUUCCUGAGUUCUGUGGUGGGUUUUUUUUUCAGUUGUUUUGGAGGGGGUUAGGGUUUGUCCGCUGGUAAGCCACAGUUUUGUUUUCCUUUUUUUUUUUUUUGGGUCCCUUUUCAGCUGUCUGAAAGAGGCAGGAAUAAAUAAUUACUCCCCUUCCGAGGAUGGGACUGGAAAACGAGAGUCAGGCUUGAAACGGCUAGCUGGACGGCCUCCCUCUGCCGUGUCACACUGUUGGCCCAACCACAAGCAAACACAAGGAAGCUACGUUUAGAAUGGCAGGUGCUGUUUUUAGUUUUCUUGUUUUCUAACAAUUUUUUAACAACUACUUGCGUUUCAUAUUUCGGGCUCCAGUUUUGCGAGGCCUGUGCACAUGGGAAGAGAACAGGGGAGCAGAAAAGGACGUUGUGAAGGAGGUGAUCGAACAGGGGAUCAGAGAUCCUUGAGAACUGAGGUGCUGCAAACACCACUAAGCAAAACGAAUUCAGCAGCCAGCCGAGUGUCGGUAGCCACUUCAGUAACUCGAAUGAGUGACACCUGCUAACUGCACUGCGGCAAUGAGCUACUGAUUCAAAAAACUUGUAUAUCUUAUGAAAAGAAAAGAAAAGCUGAACAAAACACACAAUGCUAACUAGUGCAUUUUUAAACUUUUUGAAGAUUCAGUUCUAGAUCAUGUGUAGAUUUCGGACUAUUGGGUGGGACACUAGCCAUGAGGGUGGGCUACUUAAAAUCAGAGGUCACUCCAAACUGUAGCCCAGCCUGGACACAAACCGUCCUACUUCAGUGGCAAGUAGCAUACUCACAGUGUCCCAUGUGUAAUGUACUAUAGAUUAUUUGUUUGAUUUUUUUGAAAAGCGUGUCUUGACCUCUUUUUAUUCCUCCUCACUAGGAAUUCACACUUUUUUUGUUACAUUUGUUACUGAAUUUUAAAUAUGUGUAUUUAUUUAUUUAUUUGUUCAUUCACUAUCUUUUUUGUUUGCGUGUAGGUGUAACAGCCAACACAGCAUUAAUGAAAUGCUUUUGUUUAUUUUUUUUAGUUUUCUUCUAAAAGAAGUGGUGCAAAUUGGUUAUUAGUGUGUUCUGCGUUCUGCGUUCUGCGUUCUGUGUUCUGCGUUCUGCGUUCCAGGGCAGUGACGCAGCUCCCAGCUUCUUCAGCUCCAGUGCUGAACUGCAGGCUGGCUCUAAUGGUUGUCUGCUCUCUAAGAGAGCUGUCUGAAACUACGAAACUGUGAGGCCAGGAGUGAUGUUUCCAAUACAGUAAGAUCUAUUCCUCCGCUACUAUGAUUUACUACUGUUGAACCUUUCCAGGCUGCUCUUAAACCAAGCAGCCUGUCUGCCUGUCUGUCUGUCUGAGUGCUUCUGUAGAACUCAUUCAUGGAUCACAUACCCCCUUGUGGUAGUCCGGUAGUCUCCGUGAGGAGUAAAAGUGGCUGCCACCCUCCCUGGAAUAAUCUUUAGUUUGUGGAUCUACCACCAGGGGGCCACUUCAUCUUUGAGCAGACUUGGCCCAGAAUAUUGAGUUUCAAUCUGCUUUGCUUUCCAGUGCACGUAAACAGACCUCGGGUCUGCCAGCAUUUUAGACAGUCUGUGAUUAGUAUUCUGUGCAAAUCAGGCAAAGACACAAGCUCUCUGUGCAUGGCUGUGUGUGUACGCGUGUGUGUGUGUGUGUUUGUAUGUGCUUGCCCUGAGUCUUCUUUACAGUUAGAACAGUGCUUGUUUAGACCAGGGUUUGGCUCAUGGAAACGCAUGGUCUCCUCUGCAAGAGCCAUCUAACACCAGAAUUUAUUCGGAGGGCAGGCGCAGUGCCACUAAACUACCACAAGAGGGCGGGUUCCAUAUUUCGUGUUCCAUGAAAUAUGAGCCUGACGUGGGCCGAGUGUGGACCAUGUGAAGGAAUCACAGUACUGUAACUGCCCUGUGGGUCAGUCAACAGAGUAGCCUGGUAACCUGGCAUCACCAGUGUUUCACACUUGUAUUUAAGUCCGCUCGUUUUGCCCAAGGGUGGUUGGUUGUGUAAAUGUUUUGAGAAAUGUAUAUAUUAGCGGAACAUGGCUGAAGAACCUUGUUAUGUAUAGUUAAGACGGAAGGUCUUUUUUUGGUCCAUGCUGUACCUGGCAUGGAAGAUGGUGAUACUGUAUUCUGCACACAACAUGUCUUGUCUUUUCAAUGACCAGCACAGCCUGACAAAGUAUCAUGUAUGUGGCCUGGUCAGCCCUCAUAGCUCCCUGACCCCCUGGCAAGUGUCCUGUAUGAGUUUUGUCUUUUGGAAGUUAUAAGCCCUUAACAGGGGGAAUCACCUUGGGCUACCAGGUAUAUUUCUUGGCUGACCACAAGAGGGCAGACCUGUCUGUCAAUCUCUGGUAUUUAAAGCAUUGUGUUUUGGAAAGGUAUUUUCUCCAAUUAAAAUACAAACUAAACUAGCAAACGCAGUGAAGGAAACAUGUGAAGCACUGAUCGUCCAAAUCUGUCAGCAACACACUCCUAACACGGCUGUUCUGCAGCCCGUGCCUCGCUCCGCCUGCUUUCAGAAGCUGCAAGGAAUCGCAAACCUGCCCAGGACAGAAAGAGUGAAACAUUGUUUUAAAAUCACUGCAAACUUUUGCAACCCUGAAGGGCAGUAUUUGCAAUGUCAAAGUGUCUAAAGGGUUAAAUCUGUCAUUAAACAAUGAUAUUGUUUGAAGACAGCUGAAUGUAUUUUCAAAGAACUGAAAAGAAACCGUUAGAAAGAAAUCUAAACUGUGUGAUGGAUGGCUGUUAGGGCGCUGGGAUGUUUUAUUUUGUGUACAUAAAGAAGGGCAUGGUACUGUAUUGUUUGUGUUAUAUAACACUGCCCUCUGCUGGGUGAUCUGUUAAAUCACUUGCGUUCUGCUUUAAGACGAGCGAUGUGUGGUCUUAACUGUGUUUGUGGUUAAAGGAAUUGUGGUUCAAAUUGAAAGUGGCACUUUAUUCUUUAUCUCUUUUUUUUCCUUUUUUAAUAAUAAAAACACUUUAUUUGACAGAAUAAAAGCUCAAAGUGGCAUCUUGUGAAAAGUGUGUGCGUGCAAUAUGGCAGUGUACUGUAGCAGCAACUUUUAGAAAUGGACGCUGUAUCCUGCCGUGAAUCGAGGACAUGAACGAAGGGACAGCGUGACAGUCAUAGAACAGGCUGUGGCAGCAGGAGCAACACCGAGUCCUGAAAUGGUUUCUCGUCCAACGCUGUUUAGAUCCUUCAAAUCGCCCCACAAGUCAGAUGCAACCAGUAUGCACCGUACACUCGGCAGCAACUCCACUACAUAAUAAUAUACUCGGCCACUAGAGGGGGCUAGUGUGCCUGUGUACAAACACACGCGAAAAUCACAACCCUACGUGCCCUGUGUCCUUGUGCUGGAGUUUAACAGCGAUCAAACAGCAGCGAGACAGCUCGCCUGCUCCGAUGCCAAGACUUUGAAAAAAAACAAAACACGCAUUACUCAAAGCACAGCGUGGCUAGGAAACGUGACAACGAUACGCACAGAGAGUGACGGGAGUACAUACAUCAACAGCCAAGCUGGAAUAAAUGCCCUAAAAAGGUGUUAGGCGUCCUCACAUUUCAAACCGCCCCUGCUUCCACAGAACGGGUCUGACAUCCAUCACUUACGCAUGAAUGCCAUUAGGGACCGAUCCAGUACUCGUCACACGCGUGAUUAGUAGAGAACGUCCCGCAGCCUGAGUUUUUGGACAGCACUGGCUGGCACUGGACACCCGUGUCUCAGUUACCACGUGUAUUUUAUAUUAACAUACAACAAAUCCUAUACAUAUCCAUCAUUGCCAGCCUCGUUGGCAAACAUC